UUCUGAAACAGGAAACUACGGGAAAAUGUCGCUAUGGUAACAGUUACAACUCUGAAAAGUCUAGCUAGUUAGCAACGGCAUGCCUACUUUGUCUCCUCUAUGUUGUUGCAGACAUAAUAUAUAACUCGCCAUGGAGGGGUCAGAUUACCUCAUACGACCUAAUCAUCAGCACAAGUUUAAGCAAGCCAUUGUGAAGGAGUGCAUUCGUGAAAUUGUGAGGGAGCGACUGUCUGGGGUGCAGUAUGACCCAGAGGAAGUCCCAGAGCUCUCCCGUUCACUGGCAGACUGCAUUAAGGACAAAGUGAAGGAUGCAGGGUUUGACAGAUAUAAGCUUGUUGUGCAGGUGGUCAUUGGAGAACAACGGGGACAGGGAGUCAAGAUGUCUUCUAGGUGUUUGUGGGAUGCUGACACAGACAACUAUGCAGAAGACGUUUUCAUCAACGAUAGCUUGUUCUGUGUGGUGGCAGUUUUCGGAAGCUAUUUCUACUGAGGACGAGAGGAUGGAUGACAGAAUUCUUUCAGAUGAAAAGCUGUGAGCUGAACAUCCAAAUUAGGCCGCACACCGUCAGCGUUCGGGUCCAUGGUGUGUUGAUCUGAAGUAACUGUGUAUGUAACUGCUGCAUCCUUAGAUAAACACAGAUGACAUCUAGUGUAGAAGUGAUGGAUAUCAGUGCUGAGAAUGUACUUACUCUAAAAUUAAGGGCAAGAUGGUGAUUAAAGACCGGCUUCUUUUACGGCUAAUCUUGACAAGUAUCAUGUCAUACCUCAAAACAUGGAAAUUUUGACUCCUUAAAUGCCAAACAAGUUCCCGAAGGUGUUGAAAAGUUUGAUGUCAGGGAUGUCACACAUUUAUUUGAAUCUGUUGAAGGGUAAAGAUUUAAAAAUCUUACCUACUGUCUCUACUUGUACUUCCAGAAUAUUAUAUUUUGUAUUUAGCAGACUUGUAGAUUAGUGGGUUGGUUGUGAUCACAAGCAUUACAGGCAUUAUAGAGGACUGCAGCAGUCAUUGUAUUGAGCACUCACAGCACUUCCAGCUGCAAAAACACAGUAAAAGCAACUGAAUGUAAUCCAGUACAAUGUGAAUUUGUAGUACAGUUUGGGUGCUUGACUUAGCAAAGCAGCUACAGUAGAGGUCAGUAUUUGUCUGUGUCAGUAUCAUAACAGGGUAACUGCUGCGGGCCAGCUACUGUUAUUAUAUUGUAAUUAUACAGGAAAAAAUUACUAAAAUUUUCUAGUGCAUCAGCUUUAUGAUCAUUAACUUAAUUCUGCUCACCUCUUUACACACUGCUCCCUCUCCAUUUUUCUAUGACUGAUAUCCUUGCAAAUAAUAAGCAUCCAUUAGUUUGAGUCUGACACUGACUUUGUCAUCUCUUAUUGUGGUCAUCCUGUUCAGCAGUAAACACAGAUCUAACACAGAAAUGUUGUAGUUUAGCAUGUUGAAGUGCUUCUUAUAUACACUGUCUAUACAACUGUAUCUUUAUAAAAUCAAUAAAUUAUAAUCACAUUGAA